GCACCGGGAGAUCUUCGGAACUGAUAUCGGCGAUUACCUAUCUCUUUGAGGUAACCAACAACCUUUACCGUUUGAUCUUCUUUUUUCUUAAUAGAAACUACGUAUUAAUUUGGCGAUCUUGUAUCUAAGCCAUUUAUCAUAUCACACUUGUGGUCGGGGAAAUAUCAGCAUUCUAUUAUUUUUAUGAGUUAAAGCCUAUGAUUUAGGGUUGAGGCAUCAUGAAGUCGCUUUUAACACAGCUGCGGCACCCUGGAAGUGCGCGUGCCUCGUCUUCGAGCUCAAGAGAGAUGAAGCUCGAUAUAAUUAGUCGUCUCCCAUUCGAGAUACAUGUUCUUAUUAUUACCUAUCUCGAGCCUAAGGACAUAGACGCGGGUCUCACCGCAUGUCGUCAUUGGCGCGACAUUUGGUUGAGCGACGAAAUAUGGCCUAAGCUUGCUCGGCGGUGGUUCCCAGGCUUAGAGGAUCACAUUCGCAACUCGGCUACCGCUGGUCAAGAUUUGGGUGAGAUGUUCCGAAACGCCUUACAUAAAAUUCAGGGAAGAGUGAGUGGAAGAUUCAUCUCGGCCUUACAUCAUAAGAUGUGUUUGGGUUCCGACCGUUUCUUCACGCUAAGCAAGGACGUCCCGGAGCGGGCAGGGGGCGUGCACUGUUACGACGAUGUGGAUGAUUUAGAACUUGAUGACGGUACUUAUUUCCCACGCUUUAUGAUGUACAAUAAUGGCCGAAUAGCGUGGUGGCCGGAAGCAUACGUCCUUCCUUAUUUCGCUGUCGUUGACGAUCUACGCACGAGAAAGCGACGAGCAUACGUAUUCCCAAAUCAUCAAGGAGAGAAGCAAGGGUUCAAGACUGCUAUGAGCGGUAAGCUAUUGCUCAUGGGACGUGGAAGGACGUUACAUGCGUGGCAUCUCGAACUAGACCGGCUUCAUUCUACUAGAGUUCCGGAAGAAUUCGUUCGCUGCAUUGCGGAGGGGGAGACUGUACUCAUCGUCACUAAGAACGCAGAACUCUUCAUGUGGAAAUUCGACCGAGAGCCCGAACAUAUCGAUGUAACUGGCUGUUACAUCAAGGGUCCUCUUGGCACAUCUCAUAUAUACGACUUUACUCCUGGACAGCUCGUUUCCUCUCAUAACGCCGGAUCACGCCUCGUGCAAAAUGGAAUGCUUCUAGACUUCAUCAUUUCUCCCACCGAGGAUAAUGUCUUUUUUGUCAUUACGCUCACCCCCGCUCCCAAGAAGCAAUUGCGAGUACACGAAAUCCGCAACGGCGUACUUGCUGAAACCUACUCUUUAGACAGGGCUAUUUGUCCCGAUACUACCAUGGAAUCUCUUGACUUUACGAACCUCCGCUGGGAAAAGGUAGAUUCAUACGGCGGAUAUUGCUUAAUGCAAGCCAUAUUCCCGGCUAAUCAGAAUUUAAAUCCUGCCGCUCACGAGGCCCACGAGACUGAAUGUUAUCCCCUGGGCGACAGCCUUAUAUCUGUGUGUUUUAAUAUUUAUACGAAGUCUUUCACGGUGCCUCAUUAUCAUCAUAGCAGUAAUAGAAGCGCCUGCCAAAUUUGGAACGAUCGAAUAGCUGCGACCAAUACAGAUAAUGCACUGGGACCCAUCUUAUCCCUUCCGCCAUGCGGCGGCGCUGCGCGUCCUUGCGACAAGUCACGUCUUCCCCCAAUUUACACAACCGUUCCUACCGGAAGAGGUGAUCUAUAUCGAAGACGGCGGGCGAAUCCCGAGAAACAUACCUGCUACGAAUCUAUCGGUGCAGACUUCGCACUCGAUUCGAACCCCAAAUAUGAUAGGGCCACUGUCGAAAAUACCAACGUCGCAUCCCCAUUGGUCCCGGGUGUCAAGAGGCUAGUAGGUGAUGAUGACUUCUUGGUUUUAAUCAUCAGACAGUCCUAUACAGUUUGGAGUUUCGGGAACGAGAUAUCCGAAAAGACCUCGGAGCGGGGAAGAAAGUCAUGGCGCAAUCUGAUCCGUUAAAUGCCUUUGUCGUCCCUGAAAGAACGGAGGUGCUUUAGGUUGAAAAUUCUGUUACUAUUGCUACCUAAGUUAAAUGAAACCCUCCCAAGUACCCAAAUUUUGAAAGAGAUAAAAAGACACUUUAGAAUCGUAAUAUGACAAAUGAAAUCAGUCGUCAGACAAAGCCGUAAGGAUACACGUAAAUCAAUCGCGGAACAAAUU